GCGCGCGCCGCGCCCACACGAGUCCCCCCAGCCGCGUCGCGUGCAGGCGGAGUUGGGACUGGCGGCAUGGCCGGGGAGCUACUGCUGCUGCGGGGGGGCCGCCUCUGGGCCCUGCUGCGGGCGGGGCGCGCCCCAGCGGCUCGAGCGCCGGUGGCAGGAAGAGAGAGCACCUUUUUGCAGAGAGCAGCACUCAAUUUCCCAAGGCCCCAACACAACCUGGCUGCCCUCGCUGUUCUCACUGGGCGGAAUUAUAGCACACAGGCUGCUGAGAACAAAGAUGAAGAGUCCUUGCACACCAUCAUCAGCAAUACAGAGAAUGUGAAAGGUGCAGCCUCCAAACAUGAGUUCCAGGCUGAGACAAAGAAGCUGUUGGACAUUGUUGCUCGUUCCUUGUACUCUGAGAAAGAGGUGUUUAUCCGGGAGCUGAUCUCGAAUGGCAAUGAUGCUCUGGAAAAACUUCGUUAUAAGCUGAUGUCUGAAGGGAAGGUCUUGCCAGAUAUGGAGAUUCACCUGCAAACAGAUGGUGGAAAGGGAACCAUCACCAUUCAGGACACUGGCAUUGGAAUGACGCAGGAGGAGCUCGUCUCUAACCUUGGCACCAUCGCUAGAUCUGGCUCAAAGGCAUUUCUGGAUGCCCUGCAGAACCAGGCUGAGGUCAACAGUAAGAUCAUUGGCCAGUUUGGAGUGGGUUUCUACUCUGCCUUCAUGGUGGCUGACAAAGUGGAGGUGUACUCACAGUCUGCAGAGCCUGGAAGCCCUGGCUACCACUGGUCGUCAGAUGGGUCAGGAAUAUUUGAGAUCGCUGAAGCUUCUGGUGUCAGAACUGGGACUAAGAUAAUCAUCCAUCUCAAAGAGGAAUGCAAGGUGUUUGCGAAUGAGGACCGAGUCAGAGAGGUGGUAACAAAAUACAGUAACUUCAUUAACUUUCCUCUUUACCUGAAUGGGAAACGCAUCAACACCUUACAGGCACUCUGGAUGAUGGACCCCAAGGACAUCAGUGAAUGGCAGCACGAGGAGUUCUAUCGCUUUAUAGCCCAGGCUCAUGACAAGCCCCGCUAUGUCCUGCAUUACAAGACAGAUGCUCCUCUCAACAUCCGCAGCAUUUUUUAUGUGCCUGAGGUGAAGCCAUCUAUGUUUGACGUCAGCAGGGAGCUGGGCUCUAGUGUUGCACUCUACAGUCGUAAAAUUCUGAUCCAAACCAAAGCUGAAGACAUCCUGCCGAAAUGGCUGCGUUUCCUCCGAGGUGUUGUGGACAGUGAGGACAUUCCCCUGAACCUCAGCAGGGAACUGCUCCAGGAAAGUGCCCUCAUCAGGAAACUCCGAGAUGUUUUGCAGAAGAGGCUCAUCAAGUUUUUCAUUGACCAGAGCAAGAAGGACCCUGAGAAAUAUGCCAAGUUCUUUGAAGACUAUGGGCUGUUCAUGAGAGAGGGGAUUGUCACUAUAGCAGAGCAGGAUGUCAAGGAGGACAUAGGAAAACUUCUGCGUUAUGAGUCCUCAGCACUGCCUGCAGGUCAGCUGACCAGCCUGCCAGACUACGCCAGCCGAAUGAAGGCUGGGACGAGGAAUAUCUACUACCUGUGUGCACCCAACCGGCACCUGGCCAAGCACUCGCCAUACUUCGAGGCCAUGAAGAAAAAGGAUAUGGAGGUGCUGUUCUGCUACGAGCAGUUUGAUGAGCUGACACUUUUGCACCUUCGGGAGUUUGACAAAAAGAAGCUCAUCUCAGUGGAAACAGAUAUUGUUGUUGACCACUAUAAGGAAGAGAAGUUUGAAGACAGUUGCCCAGCUGCAGAACACCUGACAGAAAAGGAAGCUGAGGAUCUCAUGGCUUGGAUGAGAAAUGCAUUGGGCUCAAGGAUCACCAAUGUUAAGGUGACUCCACGCCUAGACACCCACCCAGCUAUGAUCACCGUGCUUGAGAUGGGGGCUGCUCGUCACUUUUUGCGUAUGCAGCAGCUAGCCAAGACAAAUGAGGAGCGUGCCCAGAUCUUGCAGCCCACAUUGGAGAUAAAUACAGGACACGCUUUGAUCAAGAAACUCAAUCAGCUGAGAGACAGUGAGCCUGAUCUGGCCCAGCUGCUGAUGGAUCAGAUUUACGAGAAUGCCAUGAUAGCAGCGGGACUGAAUGAUGAUCCCAGACCUAUGGUGAGCCGUCUGAAUGAGCUCCUCACAAAAGUACUUGAAAAGCAUUGAACCCAGCUUAAUACAAAGAUCAAAAUCAGGUGUGGUCCCUCCAGUUCUUCAAGCAAAACUACUUUAAUCAACUCUUGCAACAUCUGUCUGUUUGUAGGCACUGUGGUAUGAAAUGUAGAAUUCUCUGCAGCUCUGAGGGACAUCCUGCAGGGUUUCCCCAUGUGACACUUUAUGGGUUGGUUACAGUUAUAUUUGCCAAAUUGUGACAUUUCUCACUUGAGCCCAGAUUCUAACAUUGUAUGGAUUCUAGGGUUGGCCUUUCCAAGCAAUUGGCAUCAAGAGUCCAAAAGAGUUCAAGGUAUAUGACCCCAUGCACCCAAUCUUUGUAUACCAGUCAGCUUAGCUUACAGUGCCAACUUCAGCGCUAAAUAAACUCAGUGCUCGUUCAAGAAAUCUCCACCUCUGCCUGGCACUAAGAGGGUUACCAGGCACAGAAAGCAACUCUUGCCAUGAGCAUUUAUAGGUGCUUCUGUUAGACUGGCAGCAGAUUAUUGCAAAUAAGUCACCUGCCGGAUGAUUGAAUUCUGCAUCGCUGUAGAGGGAGUGGGGGUCAUCCAGGGAAGUGAUUUACAAGCUCACAUAGCUUUUUGGCCAGCGUCUAGGAUUCCAACCUCCCUGAUGGAUGAUUUAUCCAUCCCAGAUGAUCUUAUCUAUUUAUAUCAAAUACAUUUCUUCUAAUUUC